AUGUCGACAUCCAAUUCAGACGAUAGAAAUCCUACCGCCUCUUCACCAAGCUCUGAAGGCGACGAGUCUUCCCGCCGCUCACCAGAUGCCGCCCAUCCACAUAUACGAGUUGUGAUUACCAAUCGCCCGGGGAGUACAGACGUAUCUUCAUCUCAGUACUCCAGUCGCCGAUCUAGUGGCAGUGGUCUGAGCUUCGAGCCCAUGCCCGAGUUUGAGCCUCUUACCGUUGAUGCAGAGCCUCUCUCCCCCGGUAUCUUGACUCCCACAUUGGGGCCUGAAGUCGGAAUAUUUCGCAGCGGGAGUGUAGCCACAGAUAGUGACGACUUUCAUUCGUCCCCGCGAGGCAGUCGACCCAUAUAUGAGGAUACGGGCUCGCAACAGCCACCACAGCCCGCGCGGCCCAUAAUGUCCAACCCUCGACCCAUGGUAACACUUUACUUUCAACGACAGGGUCAAGGCGCCCAAGACUUCAGUCUCGCGCUGGUUUCUCGAGAGGACUACGCACCCUCAGACGAAGAUGACUAUUGA